CCUUUUUAUUUUUGUUUUGUUUUUACUGCUGUCAUUGUCAUUGCUUGACAGGGUCGAAUAAAUCUGGAAAUACUUUUAUUCGACCUGAAACCUUGUUGUACAAGUUAUGUCAAUCCAUACAGUCCCGUUUUGUUUCACAAGUCGAACUUUUUGUGUUGUCAGCGACUUGGUAACUGACCUGUGCACACUUCACUUCAGUUUUACAUUCAGUCACCAGUGGAUUAUGAUAAUGAUUGAUUUGAUAGACUGAAAAUUAAUGCACCAAAAACACAAUGGAGCCAGAACAUCUCUUGUGGGAAGCCGUACGAUCAAAUGAUAUUGAGACGAUGAGACUUUUACUGGGUUGCACCUGUGGAAGAUUCGAUCUCUCUAGCAUCAUAGGGAAAAGAACAGAACAAGGUUCAGACUUAGCAUGUUCUGCUGAUGUGUCUCCAGACACUCUGUCAACAGUCUGUGGAUGUACGUCAGUUCAGGUGAACAAAAAAGAGAAUGGACUAUCCACUCUCCAUCUUGCCAUCAUUAACAACAACAUGGAGAUGCUGACACUACUGAUCCAUCAUGGAGCCAUUUUUUCGCCGUGUUAUUUUUCCGAUGUAAAAUCUCUGGACAGUGAUGAUAUAUAUUUCUUGGAAGAGUUUGGACCACUGCUUUCGCCCUUAAUACUUGCUGUUGCUUUUUCUGAUGCCCAAAUUGUGAAAUUUGUUUUUCAGAAGUCUCCAAGAUUUGAUCCGACAGCAUUAAGAUUGGCUUGCAAGGUGUGUCAGCUGGAAAGUGUUAAAGUAUUGCUUGAAGGAAUGAAAACUCAUGCUCAGAUGUCAGAGAGAACCUCAGUCGACUCUGCGGCUUCCAUGUCUCCCCUGAUGUACGCUACUAAAGGUAACUGCAAUGUGGAAAUGGUAAAGCUGCUGUUGGAACACGGCUGGGACGUGACAGUAAAAGAUGCAGAUGGGAACACCCCUCUACACCUGGCCACUGUAUCAGGUUCAGAACCAAUAAUCCGGCUGCUCGUCACGGCGCUGAACCGAGCCAGGGCAACUCCGUGCACUGUGAAUGUUAGAGAAAAGUCGCCAUUUCAUCUGGCCUGCAAAUUUGGACACUGCGCUAUUCUGAAACAUCUGCUGCAGCACAAAUGCUCCAUUAGCUGCGAUUCAGCAGCCAAACAGGAUCUGCUACACGAAGCAGCAAAAUACUCUCAGGUCAAUGUCGUCAGACUGCUUUUAGAAAAUGGACUCAAUGUCAACCAGUUUGACAACUUUGCAAAGACUGCACUUUUUGAAGCUGUGAAGGCUGAUAACUUGGAGGUUGUGGAGGUGCUGCUGAAUGCUCAUGCAGACCCCAACAUUCCUUCUGCACCUUACGAGAGUCCCAUUCUGUAUGCAGCAGAACACAGCUCACCCCAAGUUGUGGAAGCUUUACUCAGAGAAGGUGCUGAUGUGAAUACUACAGACGUGGUUGGAGUUACUCCCCUUAUUUAUGCAGCCAAACGAUGUGCUGACAGGAAGAGCUCCAAACAGGAAGAUAUUACAGCUUUACUGUUGCGAUAUGGAGCAGACAUGACUCACAAAUAUCUACACACUCACACUGCACUGAGCAUCGCGGUAGCGUGUGGAAACAUCAGGUGUGCAAAAGUUCUCAUUGAGGCUGGAGCAGAGGUCAGAGAGACUCCAAGAUCUGGAAAACUCAUGCUGCUCCAUAUAGUCAAAAACAGAGAAUGUGCUGAGUUGCUCUUGAAACACGGUGUCCCAGUUGACCACCUCAACUCUGCACACAAGACCGCACUGAUGAUCGCUUGUCGAGACAACAAAGUCGACAUGGCUCGCUUGCUGAUGGAGCAUGGAGCCGACGUCAACAAGACGACGCUCGAAGGAAUCAGUCCUCUCUUCUACGCUGUCAACAAUGAUUCGGCUGUGUUGGUGAAGGAUCUCAUCAUGGCCGGGGCUUGCAAUGUCAACGACCAUCUGCUCAUCUACUUCAGAAGUCUUCUCGAACUGGCCCUCUUCUUGAAGGCCAGCCACCACGUCUGUCACUUACUGCACCUGGCUGGAGCCGUUGUAAGGUCCAGCUUCCCAAGUUUCCGUGCCCUGUACAACUCAUCCAGUUACCUUCAUUUCAUUAACAUGACUGUCCCUCCGGAACUGUGGCACUGUAAACUGUGGGCCAAGUUCAGGACGAGAACGAGUUUCAGUGGCUAUGAUGGAUUGGAGGAAUCGUUCAUGGUUCACUCAAAAAUGAUGUCGCUGGAAGAGAGAUGCUGUCACAUGCUGAGAAAAUAUCUCAAUUUUAAUAAACAAGCGAUGAGGACAUUGUCUCUUCCACAACAUGUAAUCAGCAAAUUAAUGAUGGAAAUAUAUUAAAGUUGAUGUCUUGACUCUUGUCUAACCAUAUUUUAACAUCAUUUACUGAUCCAAAAUACAAACACAAUUACA